CUCUAUGAGGAGGAAAUGGGAAAUCAUGAGAACACAAGGGAGAAGCUCCGUUUGUCCCAGGAGCAACUCGCCUUGGCCGGGGACAAAAUCCUCUCCCUAGAAAGGAGCUUAAACCUCUAUGGGGAUAAAUACCAGACUUCCCUGAGCAACAUCGAGUUACUGGAGUGCCAAGUGAAGAUGUUGGAGGGGGAGCUCAGCAGGAUCGUCAGUCAGAUACUGAAGCACCUGCAGGAGCAGAAAGACAGCCAGUGCUCGCAUGUGGAGGAGUACCAGAACCUCGUGAAGGAUUUGCGCACGGAGCUAGAAGCUGUGUCGGAACAGAAGAAAAACAUCAUGAAGGACAUGUUGAAGCUGGAGUUGGACCUGCACGGGCUGCGGGAAGAGACAUCUGCCCACGUGGAGAGGAAGGACAAGGAGGUCGGCAUCCUGCAACAGCGACUGCAGGAGCUGCAGGUGCAGUUCACUGAGACCCAGAAGCUCGAUUUGAAGAAAGACAAGCUCCUCCAGGAGAAAGAUGAGAUGCUGCACAAGCUAGAGAAGGACCUGGCGCAGGUUAAGGACUCCCUCGUAAAAAAGGAGUUGGAGUUGGAGAAGCAGCAACGCAUGACAAGUGAACUCGAAAUUGCCAUCCAGGAGAGACAGGAUAAGUGCAAGGCCAAGUAUAGGCACCUGGGAGCUGAGAUCAAGAAGCUGAAGGACUGUCUCAAAGAUGCCAAACAGCAGCACAGGAUGGCUGCUCAGCAAGCAGCCCAAUACAAAGAAGAGGCCAUUCUGGCAAAGGGUAACCUGGAGGAUUGCCAUAGGAAACUGCAAAGCUGCAUUUGCCUGGAGAAGCAGAAGGCAGAGAUCAUCCAGGAGCUCCAGAGAGAACUUCAGAAGCUGCAGAAGGAUUCCCUAAUGGCUGAGGAGGAACUCACACCCAGCAGGAAACGGAUAGAGGAGCUGACAUCAGAAUUAUCUGAGUUCUCGAGAAAACUUGAAAUUUCAGAGAAGGAAAAGAGGCAGCUUCAGAAGACAGUGACUGAGCAAGAUGUAAAACUGAAUGACCUGCUAGAUCGUAUAAAUCACAUUCAACACCAGAACAGGAAGCAAGCCUCCUCCAAAUGCAGUCUAGAAGAACAGCUUCAGGAGGAAACCAGGUUGCUGGAGGAGAAACGGGAGCAGUUGAAAAAGAGUAAAGAGAAGGAGAAGCUACUGGAGCAAGAGCUCGAGAUGUUCCGACAGGAAGAAAAAAAGAAAGAAAAGAUGUCAAAGGAGAGUUUGAGAAAGUUGGAGGAGGAAAAUGAUCAUCUCAAAUCACAGUUAAAGCAAUGUUCUGCACAACUGGAUUCCUCUCUCUGCAAACAAAACAGCACCCAGCAGAUCAACCAGGAGCUGACUCGUAAGAUAACCCUUCAGAAGGAGACCAUGGCGAGUCUGCAGAUAGAGCUGGACAAGGCUGCGGCAAAAGAGAAGCAAUACCUCCAGACCACGGUCAGUAAAGAAGUCUAUGAGGAGGUAUGCCGGAAGUCAGCCUCCUGCCAAGACGACCUAACACAGGCCCUGGAUAAGCUCAGUCAUUCGACCUCAGAGACAAAGAGUCUUCACCGAAGUCUGACACAGGCCCAAGACAGGAAGAUUCAGCUGGAAGAGGAAGUCAUUGCUUACGAGGAGAGGAUGAAAAAGCUGAAUGUGGCGUUCAAAAAACUGCAGGGCCUCCAGCAGGAGAGUGAGCUAGAGGUGCAGACCUUCAACGAAAAGCUGGAGAUCAUGAGCAACGAGGUGCUGCAGUGGCAGAAGCAGCACCAGAGCGACCUCAAGAUGCUGGCCGCAAAAGAGGAGCAGCUCAGGGUGUUCCAGGAGGAAAUGCGUGCCCUGAAAGAGAACCUCCUCGUGGACGAGAGGGAGUCCUGUUGCCUGCACCAGCGGUCUGCGCCCAAAGAUACCUGGAGGCUGCACCGAGAGAAUGAUCAGAUUAUGUCCAACUUGGAGCAAUGGGCAAAAGAGCAGAAGAUCGCCAAUGAGAAACUAAGAAACAAGCUCCAUGAACAGGUCAUAUAUAUCGCCAAGCUGACUGGUGAAAAGGACCACCUCCACAAUGUAAUGGUCCAUCUGCAAAAGGAAAACAAGAAACUAAAGAAUGAAAUAGAGGAGAAGAAGCUGAAAGCUGGGCCCUCAAGCGUAUAUACCAAAGCCCUAUGCCCAAGCAAAACAGACCCCACAUCAAGGGGGAAAGUGUAUGGCACCUUGGGCUGGAGGGGGAUAACCCAAGAUGUGAGCCAAAGAAUGGACAUCACCAAGUCUGUCGGGAUGCCCCACUGCUCAGAAUGCCCUGGUCUCCUCUACAACCUGGGUCCAAGGCUACCUUUUCUGCCACCUGUAGACUCCAUGGUACCCCCAAGGGAAGAAGUCACCUGCACCAGAGCUGCCUGGCCACGAGACUAG